AUGAUGAACUCGAAAUCUGUAUGUAUACUUUUAGAAGAUCCAGAAUUAACAACUACAACUGCUAAAAAGCGAAAACGUCUCGAUGAAGAUGGUGAUGAAACACAUUCAAAAUCUAUUCAAUAUUCAUGUAACGGUACAAUGUCUAAAAGUAUACACAUUGUACGUCCACCAGAUGUUGAGACACUUGAAGUUGAAGUGCUAGAAUAUCAGACAACAUGGAUGCAUAAGUAA